AUGCAGAUCACCAGUGUCAUGCUCAGCCUUGCCAGUCUCGGCCUGAACGUUCUCCCUGUUCAGGCCGGACCUAUCCCCAGCGCUGAAGCCGCUCUGGCGGCUCGCCACGUCUACUCUCCUGACGUUGACGAAGCCCCCGUUGAGAAGCGCCACGUCUACUCUGUCGACAAGGACGAGACCGUUGAGAAGCGCCAUGUCUACUCCCCUGAUGUGGAUGAGACCCUGAACAAGCGUCACGUCUACUCUCCCGAAGUCGACGAGACCAUCGCUAAGCGUUACGUCUACUCUCCCGACGUCGAUGAGACCUCUUCCUAA